GAUAAGUGAUCACAUGUGCAAAUGGGCACAUCUGUGUAGCCAAUGGGGUUGUGUUGAUAAACCUUCCUGAGGUGAUUGGUGGCUGGAGGGCCAACAGGACAGUGUGAAGGGAUUGAAAAGAGCUCCACUGUGGCACCAGGAGGGCAGGCGUUGGCAGAGAUGGCUGGCAUGAUGACAGGUCUUCUCCUUUUGCUGUUGGCCGGUGUGGCAGAGAGCAGAGUGGUGGAUCUGCAGAAGAGAAUCAUCGGAGGUGGUGUUUGUAAUGCUGCUGACCGUCUGUUCCAUGUGAGGUUGACAUCAAAUGAUGGGAAUCAUAACUACUUGUGUGGCGGAACUCUGAUCAGUCAGGAUUGGAUUCUGACUGCAGCUCACUGUGUGGAGGCAGGGUGGACGGUGACAGCACAUUUACGUGUGCAUCCAGGCGCCCAAGUAAAAACAGUUGUUAUCACAGUACCACCUAAAAUUAAGAGCAAAUUUUUUUUUUGGAGACAUGACAUCAUGCUGCUGAGGCUACCGGCCCCUGAGCCAGGAUUUCCUACAGCAACACUUCCUGACUGUAGCAGCCGUCCUGCACUAAGAGCUACAGUUCAGGUUGCAGGUCAUGGAGCCUCAACGGCACAAGCAGAUGGUAAAAAAGGAGGCUUACCUUCGUCACCAACCCUCCAAUGUGCAGACACCACAGUCGUUGCUUGUGUGGCCGGAGCCUGUCCACUUUUGAAGCUUCCAAAUUACUAUAACAAUAAUAAGGUCUUCUGUUACAAAAGAGAUAACGUGGAUACAAGUCCCGGGGACUCUGGUGGAGGAGUGGUGUUCAACCGCAGGAUUUACGGAGUGCAUAUUCGUGGUGGUAAAUAUGCCUGUGAUACACCAGGAAUGGCUAUGGACCUCUGUGAAUACAGAGACUGGAUCACUGAGGUUACCGGUAUUGCCUUUCCAUGACAAAGUGUAACUGGUUGAGAGGUCGUGUUAUUUAGCAGACCUUCAGAUCUACUAAAACCCUCUGAUUGGCUCUAAAUUGGCUGAUGAUACAUUUACAAUAGGUUGGAUUACAUUAAAUAUCCAACACUCAUUAGAAAAGCUCUUUAAGAUCAUUUCAAAAGGAAGCGUCUGAGUUAUAAAUGUUAGUUUAACUUUAUUGAUGCAAACUUUUGUUACGGUACAAAAUAAAGACGUAUCUUUUCCCCUUUUUGAAUUUAAACUUGGAUUUAAUUGUAGAAUAUAACCUUUAAUCAACAGAGAUUGCAGGAUAUGGUACAGAUAGUAUUUUAAAAGCAACUCAUGCAAAUAUGAAGGUGUUUCUUUUGAACAGGCUGAUCUCAUGCUCUGCCGGCAGCUCUAAAGUAAUGCAUGUCAUUCGUAUGUUUCCCACAAAAUCAACUCCUUGUUGAAUGUUGUCAUUUAAAGUAAAUAAAGAGCCGUCUUCAUUA